AUGCUCCUAUGCGUGCUGUUACCACUCGCCGUGUUCGCGACGAAGCCCAACGUCAUACCGGGCGGCGUGCAGCAGAUCGCCGACUUCGCGAACCGGGAGGACCUGCAGGCGUUGGCGGCGUUCGCCGUGGAGCAGCACAACGAGAAGGAGGGCGCGGACCUGCACCUGGUGCGCGUGGAGAGCGCGCAGCAGCAGGUGGUGGCGGGCAUCCUCUUCCACCUCACGCUGCUCGCCACGUCGCCCUCCUCGCGCCGCACGGCGCAGUACAAGGCGACGGUGUGGGAGCGCGCGUGGCAGAAGUUCAAGGCUCUGCAGGCCUUCGCUCCCGUGCCUGACACCGACCGCGCCGCUACUCCUGCCGAACUGCACGCCGCUGGUGGUAGUGCCGCUGCUGCUGCUGCUGCUGCUGAAACGGCUGCUGGGACUGCUGGUGGGAUGGCUGGUGGUGGUGAUGAUGAUAGUGGUGGCGCUGCUGCUGGUGGUGAGGGGGGAUGUGGCAACGUGGCGAGGGACGCGGGUGAGGAGGGAGCGGCGGGCGAGGCACAGGGCACAUGCAGCAACAGAGAUGGGGAAGCGCAUUCAUCACCCGCGGUGCUGGAGGCAGCAGAGCGGGCGGUGGCAGCGCUGCAGCAGCGCUCCAACUCGCUCUUCCCAUACCGCCUCAAGGAGGUCGUCGCUGCCCUCGCCACGCCGGCAGCAGCAUCAUCAGCAGAGCAGGGCACGACGAUGUUCCACCUGACCCUGCGCCUGCAGCGCGAGGCGCCGGGCCAGACCCAGGAGCAGCAGCAGCAGCAGCAGCAGCAGCAGCAGGUGGUGGGGGCGCUGGCGGACGAGCUGUAUGAGGUGGAGGUGUUGCACUCGCCCAAUGGCCAGUGGUCCCUGCGCAAGGCCGUUGCCCUGCAGUGA